CCGCCGCCCGCUCCGCCGCCCCCGGGCCCUCCCCGAUCCUUGGCCCCGUUCCCUCCUUCCUUCAACCGGUGCCAGGGAAUGUGAAGAGUUCCCCAUGGAGGGCUCCGCUCGCCCCCCGCCGGGCUCCUUCGACGGCGCACUGGACCUGCAGCGCUAUUCCAACGGGCCGGGGCCGGGGCCGGGGCCGGGGCCGGGCCCGGGGCCGGGCGGCGGGGGCCCGGGGCCGGGCGGCGGGGGCCCUGGGGCGGGCGGCGGGGGCCCGGGGCCGGGCGGCGGGGGCCCGGGGGCGGGGAGCCGCGAGGGCGGGCGGCGCUUCCCCUGCCCGGUGUGCGGGAAGCGCUUCCGCUUCAACUCGAUCCUGGCGCUGCACCUGCGGACGCACCCGGGGUCCGGGACGUCCCGCUGUCCGCACUGCGGGCACCGCGCGGCGCGGCGCUCCCUGCUGCGCCUGCACCUGCGCACGCACCGGCCGGAGCGGCCGCGCAGCCCCGCCGGACGCCUGCUGCUGGAGCUGGAGGAGCGCGCCCUGCGGCGCUUGGGCCGCCCCGCUUACGGCAAGGCCCCCGCCGCCCCGGCGCCGAUCCGGGCCCCGGCGCCGAUCCGGGCCCCGGCGUCGAUGCCGGUCCCGGCGUCGGUGCCGCCCCCCUCCCCCGCCGCCUUCCGCUGCCCGUUCUGCAAGGGCAAGUUCCGCACUUGGGCCGAGCGCGAGCGCCACCUGCACAUCCUCCACCGGCCCUGGAAGUGCGGCCUGUGCGGCUUCGGCUCCGGCCACGAGGAGGAGCUGCUGCGCCACCGCCGGGCCGCGCACGGGCCGGGGCCUCCCGGCGACCCCGACGACCCCGACGACGACGACGACGACGACGGCGACGACGGCCACCCCGACGACGACGACGACGACCACCCCGCCGACGACGACGACGACCACCCCGCCGCCGACGACCACCCGGCCCCGGAGCCCGAGGGGGGCCCUCCCCCGUCUCCGCCCCCGGCCCCCGCGCCCCCGCCGGCCCCGGAGUUCCGCUGCCCCGUGUGCGGCCAGGCCUUCACGCAGGCCUGGUUCCUCAAGGGCCACAUGCGCAAGCACAAGGCCUCCCUGGACCACGCGUGUCCCGCCUGCGGCCGUUGCUUCAAAGAGCCCUGGUUCCUCAAGAACCACAUGAAGGUUCACGCUAGCAAGAUGGGGGCGCCGCGGGCCGCGGGGUCCGGCCCGAGCCCGGCCCAGGCCCCUCCGUCUCGGCCCCGGGCCCCGGCGCUCGGUCUGCUGGCCUGUGAGCCUCCGGGCCCUGCGCCGCUGCCGGCCCCGACCCCGACUCCCACCCCCCGCGAGCGCGGGGAGGCCCCGGGCCUGCUGGGCUACCUGAGCCUAAGGGCGGCCGGGGCCGGGGCCGGGGCCGGGGCCGGGGCCGGGGCCGGGGCCAGGUCCAACGGGGAGGGGGCGGGGGCUGCGGCGGCAGGCCGGACCUUUGGGGGAUUCCGCCCGCUGGGCCCGCCCUCCCCCGCUCGGGCCCCUCGUUCGUGCCCCAAGGAGCAGAAGCAGGAAGAGCCGGAGGACGGCUGGCCAAGGCACCGGGUGGCGGGGUCGCCGGCCUCCCUGCCCAGGGAACCCACUGGAAGCCCACCUCGGGCCACCGCCUCGCAAGAGGAGAACGGGGUGUUGGCGGGGAGGCCGCGGCCGGCAGGGGCCCGGGGGGCCUCGGGCAAAGACUGUCCCUUCUGUGGGAAGACCUUCCGCUCCGCGCACCACCUCAAGGUGCACCUGCGCGUGCACACAGGUGAGCGCCCCUACAAAUGUCCGCACUGUGACUACGCGGGCACCCAGUCCGGCUCCCUCAAGUACCACCUACAGCGCCACCACCGCGAGCAGAGGGGCGAGCCGAGGGGCGAGCCGAGGGGCGAGCCGGGGCCGGGGCCGGGGCCGGUGCCAGGGCCGCCUCCGCCCCGGCCCCUUCGAGACCCGCCGUGUGCGGGCAAGCCUGCCGCCUGCGCCGAGGGAGGUCCUGGCCCUCGCCUCUCCAACCCGGCCCCGGCCCCGGCCCCGGCCCCCCGCCAGCCGGUCAUUACCGGUCGGACCCUGCGCAACGGGCGGGGCGGGGAGCCCGAGCCCCUGGACCUGUCCGUGCGGCCGGGGCCGGGUGGGGAGGUGGGGCCGGCGGGGCUGGGCCGGGGCACCGGGGCCGGGGGUGCCCUCCUCCGCUGCCUCUUCUGCCUGUUCGCCACCGGCGCCCCCGAGCUCAUGGCCUUACACCGGCAGGUUCACCACGGACGGCGGGCCCGAGCCCGCCGCCCCCCGACGGCUCCUUCCCAAGGCCAAGGCCGCAGCCGCAGCCGCAGCCCCCCGCCGGGAGGGGGCGCCGCGCUCCGGCUGCUCGGGGCUGAGGAACCCCGGCCGCUGGGCGCAGGCGCAGGCGCAGGUGCAGGCCCGGGGGGCCCGGACCCCUAG